AUGUGUGGGUGCAGGUGUAUGUGUGCACGGUGUGUGGGGGUGUAUAGGUGUGUGCAUGUGGGGUAUACAGGUGUGUGUGGGUGCAGGGGUAUAUGUGUGGGUGCAGGUGUAUGUGUGCACGGUGUGUGGGGGUGUAUAGGUGUGUGCAUGUGGGGUAUACAGGUGUGUGUGGGUGCAGGGGUAUAUGUGUGGGUGCGCAGGUGUAUGUGUGCACGGUGUGUGGGGGUGUAUAGGUGUGUGCAUGUGGGGUAUACAGGUGUGUGUGGGUGCAGGGGUAUAUGUGUGGGUGCAGGUGUAUGUGUGCACGGUGUGUGGGGGUGUAUAGGUGUGUGCAUGUGGGGUAUACAGGUGUGUGUGGGUGCAGGGGUAUAUGUGUGGGUGCGCAGGUGUAUGUGUGCACGGUGUGUGGGGGUGUAUAGGUGUGUGCAUGUGGGGGUAUACAGGUGUGUGGGUGCAGGGGUAUAUGUGUGGGUGCGCAGGUGUAUGUGUGCACGGUGUGUGGGGGUGUAUAGGUGUGUGCAUGUGGGGUAUACAGGUGUGUGUGGGUGCAGGGGUAUAUGUGUGGGUGCAGGUGUAUGUGUGCACGGUGUGUGGGGGUGUAUAGGUGUGUGCAUGUGGGGUAUACAGGUGUGUGUGGGUGCAGGGGUAUAUGUGUGGGUGCGCAGGUGUAUGUGUGCACGGUGUGUGGGGGUGUAUAGGUGUGUGCAUGUGGGGUAUACAGGUGUGUGUGGGUGCAGGGGUAUAUGUGUGGGUGCAGGUGUAUGUGUGCACGGUGUGUGGGGGUGUAUAGGUGUGUGCAUGUGGGGUAUACAGGUGUGUGUGGGUGCAGGGGUAUAUGUGUGGGUGCGCAGGUGUAUGUGUGCACGGUGUGUGGGGGUGUAUAGGUGUGUGCAUGUGGGGUAUACAGGUGUGUGUGGGUGCAGGGGUAUAUGUGUGGGUGCAGGUGUAUGUGUGCACGGUGUGUGGGGGUGUAUAGGUGUGUGCAUGUGGGGUAUACAGGUGUGUGUGGGUGCAGGGGUAUAUGUGUGGGUGCGCAGGUGUAUGUGUGCACGGUGUGUGGGGGUGUAUAGGUGUGUGCAUGUGGGGGUAUACAGGUGUGUGUGGGUGCAGGGGUAUAUGUGUGGGUGCAGGUGUAUGUGUGCACGGUGUGUGGGGGUGUAUAGGUGUGUGCAUGUGGGGUAUACAGGUGUGUGUGGGUGCAGGGGUAUAUGUGUGGGUGCAGGUGUAUGUGUGCACGGUGUGUGGGGGUGUAUAGGUGUGUGCAUGUGGGGGUAUACAGGUGUGUGUGGGUGCAGGGGUAUAUGUGUGGGUGCGCAGGUGUAUGUGUGCACGGUGUGUGGGGGUGUAUAGGUGUGUGCAUGUGGGGUAUACAGGUGUGUGUGGGUGCAGGGGUAUAUGUGUGGGUGCAGGUGUAUGUGUGCACGGUGUGUGGGGGUGUAUAGGUGUGUGCAUGUGGGGUAUACAGGUGUGUGUGGGUGCAGGGGUAUAUGUGUGGGUGCGCAGGUGUAUGUGUGCACGGUGUGUGGGGGUGUAUAGGUGUGUGCAUGUGGGGUAUACAGGUGUGUGGGUGCAGGGGUAUAUGUGUGGGUGCGCAGGUGUAUGUGUGCACGGUGUGUGGGGGUGUAUAGGUGUGUGCAUGUGGGGGUAUACAGGUGUGUGUGGGUGCAGGGGUAUAUGUGUGGGUGCAGGUGUAUGUGUGCACGGUGUGUGGGGGUGUAUAGGUGUGUGCAUGUGGGGGUAUACAGGUGUGUGUGGGUGCAGGGGUAUAUGUGUGGGUGCAGGUGUAUGUGUGCACGGUGUGUGGGGGUGUAUAGGUGUGUGCAUGUGGGGUAUACAGGUGUGUGUGGGUGCAGGGGUAUAUGUGUGGGUGCGCAGGUGUAUGUGUGCACGGUGUGUGGGGGUGUAUAGGUGUGUGCAUGUGGGGUAUACAGGUGUGUGUGGGUGCAGGGGUAUAUGUGUGGGUGCAGGUGUAUGUGUGCACGGUGUGUGGGGGUGUAUAGGUGUGUGCAUGUGGGGGUAUACAGGUGUGUGUGGGUGCAGGGGUAUAUGUGUGGGUGCAGGUGUAUGUGUGCACGGUGUGUGGGGGUGUAUAGGUGUGUGCAUGUGGGGGUAUACAGGUGUGUGGGUGCAGGGGUAUAUGUGUGGGUGCGCAGGUGUAUGUGUGCACGGUGUGUGGGGGUGUAUAGGUGUGUGCAUGUGGGGUAUACAGGUGUGUGGGUGCAGGGGUAUAUGUGUGGGUGCAGGUGUAUGUGUGCACGGUGUGUGGGGGUGUAUAGGUGUGUGCAUGUGGGGGUAUACAGGUGUGUGGGUGCAGGGGUAUAUGUGUGGGUGCAGGUGUAUGUGUGCACGGUGUGUGGGGGUGUAUAGGUGUGUGCAUGUGGGGGUAUACAGGUGUGUGGGUGCAGGGGUAUAUGUGUGGGUGCAGGUGUAUGUGUGCACGGUGUGUGGGGGUGUAUAGGUGUGUGCAUGUGGGGGUAUACAGGUGUGUGUGGGUGCAGGUGUAUGUGUGCACGGUGUGUGGGGGUGUAUAGGUGUGUGCAUGUGGGGUAUACAGGUGUGUGUGGGUGCAGGGGUAUAUGUGUGGGUGCAGGUGUAUGUGUGCACGGUGUGUGGGGGUGUAUAGGUGUGUGCAUGUGGGGGUAUACAGGUGUGUG